CUUUGUAAGAACUACUUGACCACUUGUAUAUUUAUUUCUCUGUAAGAGAAUAUAACCCACUUGAACAUUAUAGUAUUAUACUGACAUUCUUUUGGCAUUGACACAUUCUAAUUAAUCGCCAUGUAUCAGGAUUACAAAGCAAUUUUGGUUAAGAAACAAGAUAAAAUUCUGGUAGUGAAAUUUAAUAAUCCCAAGAAAAAAAAUUGCGUUAAUCGCGAAGGAUACAUAGAGCUUGCGCGUGUGUUGAGAGCAGUAGCUAAGGAUGACACUGUUACAAUGGUGGUAUUCACCGGUGUGGGUGAUUUCUUUACGGCCGGCAAUGAUCUAUCAGCAUCUGCCAAUGUAACCGAUAUGGAUGCCUAUAUUCGUGAAUCAAAUGUCAUAUUUAAGAACAUGGUGCAUGCUUACAUCGAGUGUCCAAAGAUAUUAGUUGCAUUGGUAAAUGGACCGUGUAUUGGUAUUGGCACGACUUUGGCUGGACUCUCCGAUAUGUUAUGGUGCUCAGAGAACGCUUAUUUUACAACACCAUUUGUUAGCUUGGGCAUCGUACCAGAAGCCGGAUCAUCAUACAUUUUUCCCUUUCUACUUGGACGUUCUAAAGCGACCGAAAUGCUUUUAUUUGGUGAAAAGCUGACUGCCCAUGAUGCUUAUCAUUUUAAUUUUGCAUCCCGUGUAUAUAAACCUUUCGAAGUGGAUUCAUUGAUAUGGCCAAAACUGAUUGAAUAUUCUCAAAUGCCACCAGAGUCAUUGCAAAUCUCCAAGGGCUUGUUGCGUAGCCAAGAAAAAGAAAUUUUAAUGAAGGCCAUUGAUGCCGAAUGUGAUGCUUUAUAUAAAAGAUUUUAUAGUGAGGAAUUUAUGAAUGCUAUUAUUCAGUUUUCAAUGCGUAAAAAAUCCAAGUUGUAAAUAUGUACAGUAUUUUGUGGUAAAGAUUAAUCAAUACAUAAUUUAUAAAUAUUUUUUACAAUAAAAGUUUUGUAUAUACUUAUGUUAAUGCCAGUAAUCAUAAUUGCAAAUAUUCAUAAAAAAACAACAUUCCUUCCGGGGGAACAGCUUUUUAUAGCCAAGUCCUUACGGUGAGACGUUGUGCGCCAUAUCUUUAUAGAGAACUUUUUCAUUAAAUAAACGUCAAAUAUGU